CCCGAACGAAAUCGUCCACGCACGCCAUUCAUCACGGUGAGCCAUGGGCAACGCGGCUCCGUCGGUUUCGCGGGUGCUGGAGCUGCGCUUGGCGAGACCCACAUGGCACCAGGGCGACCUGAGCCGUCACCUGGAGCUUCGCCCUUGGCCUGCACCGCUCUUCUCGGCGCCCGCGCCGCCACUGCGACCGCGUUGGGAGGAAACCUUCCGGAUGGAGGUGGAGAUGGGCCUGGAGGUGCGAGUGAUGCAAGGGGAGCAGGAACUGGCCAGAGGAGUCCUGGAGGCGAUCCCACCUGUUCCGCAGCUGGUCUUUCGCGUGGUGCCGCUGCCCUUGGCGCCCAGCAGCUUUGGCACGUUAGAAGUGAAGCUUCGAGAGGCCCCAUCGGAACAGGGAGAAGAAGGACGCUUCCAGUUCCAGAUGCCCUUGGCCAGACGCCAGGUCAUCUCUCUGGAGCUUCAAAACGCCGAGCUCCUCAAACGUCUCAAGGGCCGAGCGUCCCGGGACGGGCGACGCACCGAGCUCACCGAGCGCGAAAGAGCGCCGAUGAGGCAUCAACAGCUCUUGGCAGAGGCAUAUGCCCAAACGGCUGAGCUUUUGCAGAAGAAGCAGCACCUGCGGCGCAGGCUCGCUGCGAUGAAGCUCCUGUGCCACUCUGAACUGCCUCGCCUGCGCGGGCAGCUACAGCAAGCGCUGGCCAGGCAGCAACAGCUGAAAGCCGAUGCAGAAGCGAAGAUCGCUUCCUUACAGGAAAGGCUGCGGCAUGCCCAAGAGAAAGGCCUCUCAGAGGUGGAGGUCCAAGGGCUGGUGGCCUUGGCGCUGGGCCGCCGCGAGGAGCUCCAGCGGAAGCUCCGGGAGGAGGCGGAGGCGCAAGCGUCCCAGGAGUCCCCAGAGGUCGCGCACUUGCAGGAGCUGUCGCUCCAGCAGCAAGAGGAGCUGGACCGGCGGAGGGAACAGCUCGCGCGGAUUGCACAGGGUACCCAGUACCAGGCGUGGAAACGCCACGACGCGGCGGUGGCCAGCGUGGCGCAGCUCUUCCAAAGAUUGGAGGAGCUUUCCCGAUCCAUGCAGGAUGACCAGGUGUGCAGCGAAAGCGAGCUCUUGGAGUUGCGCCAGGAGCGGAAUGCCUUGAAGGAUCGCUUAGAAGACGCUGUCAGCAGCCUCCGGCAGCUCUCAGCUCGUGCGGCCCUUCUGCAGCCGGCCGCCGCGGACGCGGGUCCUGCGGGUCCCGCGGAGCCCACGGCGGGCGCGGGCGCCGCCGAGCCGUCGGAGUUGCAGCGUCGGGUGUGGCAGGCGGAAGGUGAACUCCAAGAGUUGAAACGCAUGGAAAACCUCCGGCUCCAGCGGAUCCAGACGCUGGAGCUUCAUCAGGAAAGUCUUGUGGAGCAGACCACAUGGGCCACCGCCACGUCCUCGGUGUCCGGCGAGGAUGCGAGGAGGACGCUGCAGAGCCUGGAGCAGAGCGUGGCAGAGCUCCAGGCGAGUGUGGUGGCCAAGAAGGAUCUUUUGGAGGAGACGCGCGAGCGGAGCCAAAAGGGUCAGCGCUACAUCCAAGCUUUGCAGCAGCAGCAGUUGCAGCUGAUCUCCCAGGCGGACGAGCGGGUGCUGCGGAACCCUCGGCCGCCGCGCUCUGCAACGGCCGUGCGCUUCUACGAGACGCGCCGCGGCUUCCGGCAGAUGGCCGAUCGUUUGGCCCUUCCCGAGGCCAAGCCCAAGCCAGCCGUUUUGUCCAAUGAGAGGAAUGCCGAGAUCUACAUGGCUCGCUCCGAGCCUGGGAGCCGCGAUGGCUGGAUGAGGCAUCCCAUCACCGGGAAAGUGGAACUUUGGGAAGAUCACUGGCAGACGCCGAAGUGCAUUCAACAGUAUUACCAGCCAGGGACCAUCCAGCUCCGUUGCCCUGGGGAGCCACCACGUUGGAUGUAUGCGGAUGGUGACUUUUGA